GUCCCGAAAGAGUUUCAGAGUGUAUAAUGAUGAAGGUGCACACAUAUGGACCCAUUCGGUUAUACCGGACACUUCUCGAGGUCCAGGUCCGAUUCUGUGCUCGCAGUAAUCAGAUCCGUGGGUGGAUCUUCCUCUUCUCCGGCUGUUACUUCAGUCAUCCUUUCACACUAAAAAACCCAGCCGGUGUAAUAAAGGCUAACAUUGAUGUCAACACGUUUAUUUACACAAUUCUGACGUGCGCACUAUUUUAAUAAAUAGUUUUAUAUUGAAAAGUUAAAGAUGGACUUUAACGUGAAAAGACUGGCAGCGGACGCUGGUACUUUAUUCAGUCGGGCGGUGCAAUUCACAGAAGAAAAAUUUGGCCAGGCUGAGAAGACAGAGUUGGAUGCACAUUUGGAGAAUCUCCUCGCCAGAGCUGAAUGCACUAAACAAUGGACAGAGAAGAUUUUGAAGCAGACAGAAGUGUUACUGCAGCCAAACCCAAAUGUCAGAAUAGAAGAAUUCUUCUAUGAAAAACUAGACAAGAAGGCCCCAACACGGAUGAACAACCAUGAGCUUCUGGGGGAAUCCAUGAUCGACUCUGGGAAUGAAUCUGGGCCUGGAACAGCCUACGGAAACGCUCUGAUUAAGUGUGGCGAGACGGAGAAGCAGAUUGGAGGAGCGGAGCGAGAGUUCAUUCAGAGCUCUGCCAUCAAUUUCCUCACGCCUUUCCGCAACUUUUUAGAAGGAGACUUCAAGACUAUAUUGAAAGAGCGUAAACUGCUUCAGAACAAACGACUGGACCUCGAUGCCGCAAAGACCAAGCUAAAGAAAGCCAAAAUGGCUGAUGCCAGAGCUCUGCUCUGUACUGUCUCUUGUUUUUGUGUCGGCACACGAAAGCCUCUCGGAUCUACCCCUCCACCAGGGGACGCUGGCUAUGUUGCCAAUUUCUCCUUCAUGGUGAAUUUUCUCCAUGUAAAGUGGCUAAAGAUGUGGGCAGAGGAAGUGACAAAGGCCGAGCAGGAUCUGAAGAUGACACAGAGUGAGUUUGACAGACAGGCAGAAAUCACCAGGCUUCUUCUGGAAGGAAUCAGCAGUACACAUGCCCAUCAUCUCCGCUGCCUAAAUGACUUUGUGGAGGCUCAGAUGACAUAUUACGCCCAGUGUUACCAGUACAUGGUGGACCUCCAAAAGCAGUUGGGAAACUUCCCUUCGGCUUUCUCUUCCAACAACAACCAGUCGACGGCCAGCGCCGGGGCCAGUGUCUCCGUACCCAUCCUGCCACUGUCAGCCCCUCUUCCUUCCACCACAGGCAAUGCGUCUUCAGGUUUCACCGAGCUGCAGAACUUCACCGGGAGCCGUAAAGCGCGAGUGCUGUACGAUUACGACGCCGCGGGCAGCAACGAGCUCUCCUUAUUGGCCGAUGAGGUGAUCAUGGUGAGCUGCGUUCCAGGCAUGGACUCUGAUUGGCUGAUGGGGGAACGUGGGACUCAGAAGGGAAAAGUGCCCAUUACCUACUUGGAGCUGCUAAAUUAAAAGAAAACGAGUGUUGUUGGAACCAAAACAGAUCGGUAUAGUGUAAUCCAGCUGUGCUUUGUACCGUAUAUGCAAACGAGACGUCUUGUGCUGCUCACAUGCAACAGUAUUUCAUUGGAUGUGACGUCUUGCAGUCCCAGUAUGGGAAGAGGUUCUAACCGGAAGACUGUUUACAAAUGAAUUAAUGCAGAAUUAUUUUUUAAAUGCUUUUGAUGUGACAUGUUUACUGCCAACAUGCCUUGUUAUUAUACAAAAACUCCAAGAGUGACUUAUCAUUUGAGUAUUUACAUGUGUUUACAACAAGAAAGUAUUAAGACUG